AACUACUAAACAUAUAGAGCUAUGCUUAAUUGAUAAUUUGCAACCAUUUUAAAUAAUACUAUACGCCUACAACAUUAUAGACAUAUCGAAAAGAUGUUAUAUAUGAUCUAGACCCCCGGUUCUUAAUUAAUUUAUUUGAAGUGCCAAAUUAUUUUUAGAUAUGAUGUCACGGGCCCCAGAAAAUCGAAUUUCAAGCAUCUAGCUAUGAUUAAUGGACUUAAUGUAAAAUUCUGAGGUCCUGUGGCCGAAGGACCCUGUUGGCCGCACAAAAGUGUUUUUUUUGUUAUCAAUUUAAAAUUCUAUUCUAUUUUUAAUUAUACUACAGCACAAUAUUAGGACACUAAUUAAUUACAAUUUUUGCACCAUAAGCUUCCACUUAUUGUUCAUACGCAAUAUUAUUUUAAUUCCUGCUAAAUAAUGGUCUCUUCCAUCGUAAACUUUAUAAUGCCCAAUACAGUCAUGUCAUAGUUAUUUCUGUAUCGAUGGUGUGACCAGGAAAUGUAGCAAAAUUCGUGAAAAAUAAAUUUAACAGUGACAAUUGUCUGCUAUUUAACCUGCUUGUAUCUGUCUCGGCAUAAUUGAAAUAAACGAUGUCUGCGAGACAAGAGCCUAUCACUUCUUCUUUUACUCAUGGAAACAACUUUGAGAUGGAAUAUCAAGAGAACAUGAUGUCUCAACGAUGUAAGCUAAUGUACGACAAAUGGAGACGCACAGAAACAGAGAAAUGUUUCAACAACGUUAGCAAAGAUGGAAAAUUUGUAAUUGGACUUAUUGGUAAAGAUGGAGGCUACUUAGAAUUAAAGAAUAGAAGAAUACAGCUUUUUAUUCCACCUGGGGCAAUAGAAAUAGACGGAGAUGGGGAAUAUGUGUUCGUAUAUGCAGACACAGUCCAAUGUAACUUGGUAUACUAUGAUGUUAUUAUCUGUGGGCCCCCUGGUCUUAAAUUUAGCAACUCGGUAGUGUUACGUUUCCCGAAAUCAAAGCCACGACACGAAGAGCGCGUGUUACAACAUAGGUCUACCAAUAUCAUGCUUAGUGUUCAAAAAUUAGGGGAACCUAUGCUCUGGAGGUCUCUAGAUACAAGUGAAGAUGGUUUCUGUUUCCUGGAUGACAUCGACGUGUUUUUGCAUUUGAACCACUUUACGGGAAUCAAACCUAAUCAUGAAGUUAUAAGUACUCCAAGCACAGAUGAUCCGACGGAGGACGCGCGGAGCAGGUCAAUUUACAUUUCUGCUUUCUUGGAAAGAUGUGAUAACCGUAAUUUGUCUUUGCGUGUAUUCUGUAGUACAUAUUCGGCAUUAAUGCAUGUGACGAAAGAGGAAUCUGAAAAUAGCUCUCGAAAGGUAGGAAAUCCAGUUAAAAUUGGCUCUUACCAAUCACGUGACGAAGUCAAAAUUAAAAUUGUUGAAUGUGUGGAUUGCAGAGUGGAACCAUCUGAUUACACAAUUUGUGUCGGCGAUGUUGUUUCUGACGUAGGAUAUGUAUUUCGUCAAUUUGUGUUGGAACGUCCUAAAGAGCCUACCAAUGAAGCUUACUUAAAGUUUCAAGUGAAUGUUUGUGACAGGAUUGUACAUUUCGCACAUGUGAACGCAGGACGCAGUUUAAUAAAAUCACAAGCGGCUGUAGAUAAAUUGUAUAAGGCUGAUGGUUCUUCGCGAGAACUCGUGUUUACACCUUCACCGUUGGCUCGACCUAUUCUAUCAAUGGAAGUACGUCGUGAACUUUCCAUUCAGCUUGACGUUCUGAGGGUAUCACAGAUGCAAGGCGACAAAGAAUUGAUGUUUUGUGACUAUCGAGGACUAGCAAAAUUGAUGGGAAUGUCCGAAUCCUUCAUAGACUGGCUUGGGGCACCCAAGAAUUUCCCAUCCAGUACAAGUCCGACGAUUACCCUACUUGACACAUGGGAGGUGCUUUGCAGAGAAAAGCAACUGACAAAUCACGGGGCUAUGAAAGAACUGGAAUGGCUUUUUAAGAAACUCAAUCACAGCAAGUGUAUUAACAUAGUUACUGAGUGCAUGAGAAUUGUGACUAAGCCUAAGGAAAGGAAGUUUCAUAUUCACCCACGUCAGCGUUCAAUGCCUUCGACAAUAUAUCUGUAGAUCACAUCUUAACUGGUCGGAUCUGGUGGGUAAAGCCGACGUCUAUAAGGACUCUAAAAUUGUAGAAGUAUACAGGAGGUGUAGAAAUAGAAACUGUUAUUUUUGACUCUUUAUGGUUAAAUCGCUUAGAAGUUUAUUCAAGUAAGGUCUGUGUAUAUUUAUAUUUAAUAACUAUAAUUAAAUCAUCAAUUUAUGUUCGUGAGGCGAGACGUUUUCUAUACGGUAAUCCAGCUUAGAUAAAAUAAGCAUUAACUACAGUUUACAACAUUAAUGACACUUUAGAUAAUAUGCUUUUAUCUGUUUAAAACUAUUUUUUUAUUUAAACUUCGUUAUUGUACAGUUAAUUUCCUGUAUCUCUACUUGCACUACAAAAAUGCUUUUGAAAACAGUUUAAGGCACGCUUUAGAAUGUUUGAAAACAAUUUUAGAACGUGCUUGCGUAGAUUUAGACUGUUUUUGUUUGCACGUUUUUGUUUGAAACUUUAAAGUUUGUUAAACUGUGGGCAUAUUGUUAUUUUGUGUAUUGACGUGUGAUACCGUACGUAUUUUUAGACAAUCUAUUGAAAAGAUACACGUUUCAUAUCUGCUUCACUGCAUACAGCAUGAUUUAGCAAUAAAUGAUGUUAUUGAACCAA